GUCUAAAAGCACCAGAUGACAAAAGUGGUUUGCCAGACUAAAAAUGGAGCGAAACAAUGAUACAACAAAUGAUGAGGUUAGGCUCAUAGUGGAGAACCAGACAAUUAUCUGUAGCAGAAAACAGCUAAUACUCUCAAGUGACUAUUUCCAAGCUAUGUUCAAUGCUAAUAUGCUAGAGUCUGAGGCUAAUGAAAUAAGACUAAAGGACGUUUCAUAUGAAUCUUUAUAUCCUCUUAUAAGGCACCUUCAUGGAGAACAGCUCAUCUUCUCAACAGACUCAAUGUGUGAAAUUCUUUCUACAGCCUGCAUGUUCCAGUUCAGUGACGCUGUCAAGACAUGUGUGAGAUAUGUCUCAAGAAAUAUUACACCCAUCAACUGUUUGAAAAUAAAAGAAUUAAGUCAGAGUCUUCAUCUCGUAGAGCUGUUCAACAUAGCCACAAAAUAUAGUUUGCAUUUUUUCAGUGAUGUAAGGAACAGUAAUGCAUUUAGGGAGUUUACUCAGGAACAAUUGGUAAAUUAUCUGUCUCAGGAAACAUUGAAUAUUGAGUCAGAAAAUGAGGUACUGUCUGCUGUUUUGCAUUGGGUUGAAUCAACAGAAAAUGUUUCAGAAAACUUCUCUGCUGAAGAUAUUCUAGAUGUGGCGAAAAAAUGUGUUCAGUUGAAAGAAGUUGAUAUCACGGUUGUUGAUAAUCCUAUUGAAGAUAUGGGAGAAGAAUGGAAGAUGAGGUUUAGGGAGUUCACAAAAAUGCUGAAUGAUGCAUCUGUGAAAAUAAAUAAUUUACCAAAGGAAAGGUAUAAGCCUCAAUAUAUAGUAGCAGUUGCUGAGGCAGAAACCGAUGAAGAGAGAGAAGAACCAAAUGCUAUCUACAGAUUUAUGGGGAAAUCUCUUCUGCUUUAUGACUCCAAUAAACUGGCUGACCAGGCCUCAAAGAGGUAUGGGAGUCAAUCUUCUUUGGAUAACCCAGAUUCAAUUGGGUUUACCUUUGAUAAGAGGAUAGAUUUACCAUUUGGUGAGGAGUCAAGAAACUGUAAUGGAUUUUCAUUAUGUGUUCUAGGGGACCGAGACUUGUAUGUGUCAGGGGGUGAGGUUGAUUUUGGUAGGAACAAGUGGCAAAGAUCUCUGUGGAGGUAUGACCUAUUUAAUCCUGCCAAGUGGGAAGAAGUUGCAUACAUUCCAUCGCAAAGGAGGCAUCAUGGGUCAUGCUGUAUUAGUAGCGACAUCUAUUUGGUGGGAGGAUUUGGGCAAUACAGGCAAAUUUUGCAUUCUGUAACGAAAUACAACACAGAAACAGAUGAAUGGAAUGAUUGUGCAUCCUUACUACAUGGAGACUUUAGUUUGUCAUGCAUUGGGCAUCACGGCAAGAUUUACGCCUGCAAAGACAAGAUUCAAUGCUACUCAGUAGGAACUGACCAAUGGUCAUACAUCGAACUUUCAGAUGAUGUCAGAAAAUUGGGUGUGUUUUCAUGGAUACCACUAGCAUUUGAGAAACUCAUUUUAUUUGUUGGCAAAUGGUACAAGAACACGGGCCAUAUCGUUGAAUACAACAUAGAAAGUGGGGAAUCAGAAUCAUAUAUGAAUGGUUUGUUACCCAUAGAGCCAGAGAGUGUAUGCAGGGCUCAAGAUUCUUUGAUAGGGCUGGGACAACCAUCUACACAAAGCUAUGAAAAAGCUUUUGCUCAGUUCAAUUUAAAGACAGGGAAGCAAAGUCAGCCUAUAAAGUAUGACAAAAGACUGAAGCUGAGUGGCCUGUUAGCUGUUACAAUGUAUCUGUAGACCCAAAAUGCCGAUGCCUCCUGCCUGAGCAAUU